GAACACUCAAGCAAGACGCCGCAAAGAGGAGGUGCAGCUCUACUCUCUCCGGCUGAACCUUCCUGGCGGGUCCUUUCCGCUGCAGCUGCGCAGAGGCGGUGUUUAAUCGACGUGGGUGAGCGCGGCUGGUAGGAACCGUGAGUCUACCCCCUCGUUCCCGGCGGUCUCCGCGGCCUCUUCUCGCGCCAAUCGCCGCCGAUAAAAGACAUGUGCCGCGUGCUCGUUCGCAGCCUCUGGUUUUGGGGCGUCCUUCUACGCCCCACCCGCGGCGUGCCGUUGACCAAGUGGGGCGCGCGUGCGAAGGCGGCGCCAAAGCCGCAGAGGCUGCAGGCCGAGAUGCGGAAGCGGCAGAACAAUGUCUCGUUCGGCGAGUGCGUACUCCAGAUCUACAAUCACAUUCAAACACCCGAGGAACGUUCCUCGGGUUACCCGAGGCGGGGUCAUGACGCCGGCGUUCCUCGUGACGGCCCCUUCAAGUACAACUUCCGGAACUGGACGCCCAAGCCCGUGCAAAAAGACGAGCUCUUCUCUGUCGUGCAGACUAAUCCUCCGCCGUGUUCACUGGCAGCGCACUGCGAUUGGGUUGUCGGCUCGCGCUAUGAGCAUUGGGGACAACUGCCCGGCUUCACCGUGUGGGGCGACCCGUACACCGUGCCUGGAACCAUAUUCGUGAACACGGACGAGCUUGAGACCUUCUCAGAGUCGCUGCUGCAUUGCAUCCCGCGGCGCCAUGGCGUGGUGCUCAUCACGGGCGACCACGACAAGACGACGCCGUUGCAGACGGACGUUCGUUACCCGCGCGUGCUCAGGUCGAGCACCUGGGCGAACUGGCUCAAAGAUGAGCGCAUUUUGCACAUUUACGUCGAGCAUCUCGAUGCUGCAGUGGCGAGCAGCAAGGUCAGUCCCAUCCCGACCGGGAUGAAUCCUCGCGAUGCUGGGGGCAUGUCACUGGCGUCCGCGCCGCGAAAAGUGCGAAUCCAAUCACUGCCGCUCCGGGUGGUGGAAAUCGGGCGGCAGCGAGGCGGGCGGCAGUUCCACGAACGACAGUUUGUCAGAGACUUGUGCAACAGUACACCUUGGCCUUGGUGCGACGUGGCCAGCACGACUAACGAGGGCUUCAGUGCAGUUGUGCAAAAGUAUCCAUUCCUGCUCUGCGUUCAUGGUGGCGGGAUCGACCCAAAUCCCAAGCUCUUCUCAGCCAUCCUUUCCGGCGCCAUCCCGAUCAUGCGCGAUUUUCCGGGUGCCACCAUGUACGACGGCUGGCCAGUGGUGCGCGUGAGCAAUUGGACCGACAUCAACAUAAGCAUGCUCGCACAGUGGCGCAAGCUCCACGCGCCCGCGUUCGAGGACGAGUGGUUGCGCAAUCAGACCCUCGAACGGCUCACGAUGCGUCACUGGUGGUCCAAGAUUCACCCACCCCCCGGACCUCGACGCCACCAAUCGAUUUGAGCCGGCCAAGGCGGCCGCGAUGCGGACCAGCCGGCCCGCAGCGCCUUAUUACAUGAACGCAUAUAUUGGGUCAUUAUUGUCAGCAUGCGAUUCACCGAUCCCCAUCAAGGUGAUAGGGUAUGGUCCCGGAGGACUCGUGCUGGGUAAGUGCGGGUCCGAGGGUAUUUGCAUGUUUUGCGGUGUGGUAGGAUUCCUGAGGCGACACCAUGCUACGCGAGCUGGAGGAACUAGGCGACAUGAGUAGGCGCGUGCUUUAGCUUCGGGCGGGCGAGCCCUCUUUCUUAGAUCUUACUCGUGCUGCUUCGCCGCCGUAGAGCUGCUUCGCGCUUCACGUACAAGACGGACCUGACUGGUCCGGAUCGUUCGGCACUUCCUCUCUACUUCCUAUGUACUGUACUGUAACGCGAUACUGUAUAGCCACCUGCCAGUACAAGGGGUUCUGACUUACUCAGUAGCCAUU